CCCGACGUUCCGAUCCUCCACCUAUAAUUUAUGUCUUUCACCGAUUAUACUUUUACUUUCUUGUUCUUUUUCUCCACAUCAUCAUGCUCCGAACUUCCCUGACUACGGCUUUCCGCCGAUCCUUUGCCCAAGCAUCACAACGCUUCAAUUCCACUGCGGCCGCACACGCUGGUCUGGAUGCCAGCAAAUUGCGUCUCACCAAAAGUGAGAUCCUCAAGCCUCUCGUCGCUAACAAGGACCUCGUUUUUGGUAAAACAUUUACGGAUCACAUGAUUCUUGCCAACUGGAAUGAGAAUGACGGUUGGGCUUCACCUGAAAUCAAGCCUUAUGAGAGACUGGAGUUAUAUCCCAGUGCUGUUGUCUUCCAUUAUGCGUCCGAGUGCUUUGAAGGUAUGAAGGCUUACAAGGAUAAGAACGGAAAGAUUCGCCUGUUCCGUCCCGAUAUGAACAUGGCUCGUAUGAACCGUUCGACGGCUCGUAUCGCUUUGCCUCAAUUUGAUGGUGAUGAGUUGCUCAAAUGUAUUGGAGAAUACCUCAAGUUGGAUGAACGAUGGAUCCCUAACGAACGCGGUUAUUCCCUGUACUUGCGUCCCACCAUGAUCGGCACCCAGGAAAUGCUCGGUGUCAAUCCUCCCACCGAUGCUAUGCUCUUUGUGAUUGGUUGCCCUGUCGGUCCUUACUACAAGACCGGUUUCGCGGCUGUCAAGUUGAAGGCCACCACCGAAUACGUCCGCGCAUGGCCCCGUGGAACUGGCGAUGCCAAGAUUGGUGGCAACUACGCCCCUGGUCUUUUGCCUCAACGUUUGGCUGCCAAGCAGGGUUAUCAACAGAACUUGUGGUUGUUCGGUGAACAGCACGAACUCACUGAAGUCGGUACCAUGAACUUGUUUGUGCUCUGGAAGAAUGAGCAAGGUGAGACUGAACUUGUCACUCCUCCCUUGGACGGUUCGAUUUUGCCCGGUGUGACCCGAGACUCCAUCUUGUCGCUUGCAAAAGACUGGAACGAAUUCAAGGUCACCGAACGUAAGAUGAACAUGCCCGAACUGAGAGAAGCCAUCAAACAAGGCAAGGUUUUGGAAAUGUUCGGUGCUGGUACGGCCUGCAUUGUGAGCCCUAUCAAGGCGAUUGAGUAUCUUGGUGAAGAGCUGCAGAUUCCUUUGGAUCCCAAUGACAAGUCAGCUCAGGCCGGUCCUUAUACUAAGCGAUUCAAUGAUGCCAUCAUGGAUAUCCAAUACGGUGACGUCGAAUCUCCCUGGUCCGUUGUCAUUAACUAGAGAGUGUGUGUAUCUUGAGAUGGAUAAUAAGGAGUCAUGACGCCUUUUGUCACAGUCAUCGACCCAACUUUUUGUGCCUUUUUUUAUGCUGAUACCUAACCUCCUUUAUUUCUCAAUAAAUUUUGAUCCAGCUUUCUAUAACGGCCU